UUAAGGUCAUUGUGACAUGCCCGAUAUCUCUCAUGGAGUUGGUGGACGGUUUUCUGUAUGGACAUUAAUAAUGUUCCCAAAUUAUUUGGAAAUUAGACAGUGUCACUUGUUUAAAACAACAGAAAGCAGCGCUUUGGCACUUUUACCCGCUUGGAAACUACACACUUUAUCCUGAACAUGUCAAAUCCAUCGCCGUUACCGGAGAAGUCGAGUCCGGUCACGUCGCAGGCGACUGAAAAAGCGCUGUUUGGCGACUGCUGGAGCUGUCGAAUCCUCUCGGGCGGUGGGCUGCUGGCUUCAGGAGGAUAUGUGGGCAUGCAAGCGCAGAGAGUCAUGCGUUUGGGUGGACCUGCAUCUAUGGGCACAGUGGCUCAGUUAAUGUUCGCUGCAGGUUUGGCUGCCUGGGGCCUCGUUGUGAUCUUUGAUCCAGUGGGAAAGAAAACAAAAACACCAUAGCUUUGCAUUUGUUCUUUCUAUAUCCACAUGAACUUAUUGUGCCACACUGGCAGUAACUGUGAGAAUGUAAUGGCACAUGAUUCAGUGUUUAAUUAAAUGUUUUUAUUUGCAAUUUACAAAAGCUUUUUCUUUCAUCAAAGUGAUUCAGUUUUAUUAUAUAUUACAUACUUUACAAAUCAGUUUACAAAUGUAGCAUAUAAAGUGCCCAAAAUUAGUUUUUAUGAAUCAGCUGACUUUUUUUUAUUACACAUUUUGUUUCCCAUUAGUAAUGUCAGCCAAAGUGAGUUGUUCAGGAAUGAAGUGAA